AUGUGUUCCUUAAGCAAGGAGAAGUCAAAGAACCAGGCGACAUCGCUUGAUAGUUUUUUAGUGGUAGUGCGGGCCAGCGCGCUCACCGCGGCGCACGUCAGUCAGUCUUGGAACAGACGCCGCCACGGUUGCACGCCUCCGCAACAGUUUUCUAUAACUUUAUUAUCAAAUUGGCCUUGGCGCUAUUUCGACCUGUUUGUGCGUCCACACGCAGCCGGACCCAAAUAUAUCAAG